GUUGAAAUUAAAUCUUCUGUAACUUACCAAGUUGAUAAUUUACAAUUACCUCUUUAAUCGAGGGUUCUUUCUUUAUUUAUUAUUAACAACUGUGCCAUGCUGCACAGAUUUGUGUACUCCCUCAUCAUGACUAUGGCGGUAUUAUGAAGUAUAUGGAUAUAAUUUUGGAACACGGUUCAACAGAAGAUGAUGGACUGGAUUCCAUAGAGAUGUCACAGAAAAAAAUUGUUGAGCUAUUUGAUAAUCGAGAAGAAAACGCAUCUGAUUCGUCCAAUUCCUCCAAAAGAAUGAUUAUCAAAACUGAACGCAGAAGUCAAAAGAAUAUGCGAGAAAGCAUUAAUCGCGAAGAGUCUGAAUGUUCCUAUUCAAGCAGCUCAGAGAAUGAGAUUAGUAAGAAAAGAAACCUGAAUUUUGACGAUUCUCGGGAACGCAAUUCGAGCUCUAGCAAAAAGAAUGUUAAUGGAAACUUGAAAAAUAAAAAUGCGUCUACAUCUACUUUACGUACAAACAGAAAUAAAUCAACCGAAAGAAAUCAAAAUCAACCUUCAAAUGUUGAUGCCAGAUAUAAUAGUGGAAUUAUUCCACAUUCUGAAAGUUCGUCAUCAAAGAAUACACAAAACAUUGACGUUGAAUUUAACGGACAUACAUCGUCAAGACUGGAAGUAGGUGCAAGGGCAAUGUCUCAACAACAAUUUCAAGAAUGUGUGGUAGAGGGAAUGGAAAAGAUAAGUCGAUUAUUACAAACUAUGUGGCCAUUUUUAAAUCCAACAUCGAAACCGGACGGAUUUCCGGAGUUACCGCUGAAAAGCGAUGAUGAUUUCAAAAAAUUGGAAGAACUGCUAUCUAUAAAAGCAGUAGAUGCUGGGGGUCAUGAAAUACCCGCCCCUGCUUACACCUAUCUGAAAGGACGUCUUUCCACAAUUGGCGGAGCUCACCAAAGAGCCAGCGUAAUGAAUAUGCUAAAAUUCGUAAUCACAAACGAAUUAGCGAUGACCUACAACUGGAAAGGGCAGAAGAAAAGAAGUUUCGAAACCACAAAAUUACGUGAAGUUAUCACAGAUGCUGCUCAAAUGCAAUUUAAGAAAAACAAUUGUGAUCAGUGCAUUAAAGAUGCCAUACAAUCGUGGCUAAGUAUGGCCAAAAGCCGUCACAUGCACAAUGCAAACGCAAGGAAAAACUGAAGAGCAGGAAACUAAUUUUCUUAUUAUUAUGAUUACUAACAAUAACUUGAAAUAACUCUAUUAUAUAAUAAAUAAAUAUAUUCUGUUUUAUUAUUAUAAAUACUAA